AAUUCCAAAGUAACAAGACAAAGGCGGGUCAAAUUAGGCGGGCCGCCGGCCUUCCCACUUCCCAGUAGUGGGCUUAUUACAAAUACAUGAACAUAAACAAACUCAGUUGUAAAUUCCGCCAGUUUGAUUACUUGUUUGUAAAAUAUAAUUUUGUGAUCCUGGGUUUUGCAAAUUGGAAGUAAAGAUGGCUAUGCAGAAGAUCAAAGUGUUGAAUCCAAUCGUUGAAAUGGAUGGUGAUGAAAUGACAAGGGUUUUUUGGAAAUCUAUUAAGGAGAAACUUAUAUUUCCAUUUCUGGAUUUAGACAUAAAGUAUUUUGAUCUUGGCCUCCCUAAUCGUGAUGCCACCGAUGAUAGAGUUACAAUUGAAAGUGCAGAAGCCACUCUUAAGUACAAUGUAGCAAUUAAGUGUGCAACUAUCACACCAGAUGAAACUCGUCUCAAGGAGUUCAACUUAAAGCAGAUGUGGAAGAGUCCGAACGGGACUAUUCGUAACAUAUUAAAUGGAACUGUUUUCCGCGAACCAAUCAUUUGCAAAAAUAUACCGCGACUUGUCCAAGGCUGGAAUAAGCCAAUAUGCAUUGGCAGGCAUGCUUUUGGAGAUCAAUAUCGAGCUACUGAUCUAGUUGUUCAAGGACCUGGAAAACUCAAAAUGGUGUUUGUACCAGAUGGGCAAAGUGAGAAAACAGAGUUAGAGGUUUUCAACUUUACUGGCGCUGGAGGAGUAGCUCUUUCAAUGUACAACACUGACGAGUCCAUUCAUGCUUUUGCUGAGGCUUCUAUGAACACAGCUUACCAAAAAAGAUGGCCACUAUAUCUUAGCACUAAGAAUACUAUCCUUAAGAAAUACGAUGGAAGAUUUAAGGAUAUUUUCCAAGAAGUUUAUGAAAAAGAGUGGAAGUCAAAGUUUGAAUCUGUAGGAAUAUGGUAUGAGCAUCGCUUAAUUGAUGAUAUGGUUGCUUAUGCUCUUAAGAGCGAUGGAGGUUAUGUAUGGGCAUGCAAAAACUAUGAUGGAGAUGUCCAAAGUGACUUUUUAGCCCAAGGAUUCGGAUCUCUUGGUUUGAUGACAUCUGUACUGGUAUGCCCGGAUGGAAAGACCAUUGAAGCUGAAGCAGCCCAUGGCACAGUUACUCGUCAUUAUCGUGUCCAUCAAAAAGGAGGUGAAACUAGCACUAACAGCAUAGCUUCAAUCUUUGCUUGGUCUCGAGGGCUAGCUCAUAGAGCAAAAUUAGAUGACAAUGCCCUCCUCCUGGAUUUCACUGAGAAAUUGGAAGCAGCUUGCAUUGGAACUGUUGAACGCGGAAAGAUGACCAAGGACCUUGCAAUUCUUCUCUAUGGGUCUAGGGUAACUAAGGCUCAUUAUUUGAACACCGAGGGAUUUAUCGAUGCUGUUGCUGCAGAACUGAGAUCAAGACUAUAUAAGAAAUCAAAGUUAUAACACAUGUGUGUUCUCUAUGAGAUGUCAGUGCUUGACACUGUUUUUUCCAAUGUAUGCAACAUUUUUAUUUGUGACCAUCCUUAUAAAAUAAAUUCAUGUAUAGCAACUUCGAUCCAAAUACUCAUUAAUAUUAUUAAAUCAAUGCUUCUGAAAAUAA